AUGAGAGGCUCGUCGACCGCCCAGGAGUUCCCCGACAUCCAGACCAUUCGUGAUGCCAUUCCCAAGCACUGCUUUGAGCCUUCGACGGCCCGUUCGCUCGGCUACGUCGCCCGCGACCUGACCAUGGCCUCGGCCCUCGUCUGGGCUGCGCUCAAGUUCAUCCCGCACAUCGAGGACGCGACCCUGCGCUUCGCGGCGUGGAUGGUCUACGGCCUGGUCCAGGGCAUGGUCUGCACCGGCAUCUGGAUUCUCGCCCACGAGUGCGGCCACGGCGCCUUCAGCGUCCACCCGCGCCUCAACGACUUUGUUGGCUGGGCCCUGCACUCGAGUCUGAUGGUCCCCUACUUCUCGUGGAAGUUCUCGCACCACCGCCACCACCGCUUCACUGGCAACAUGGAGAAGGACAUGGUCUUUGUGCCCGCCAUCGCCACCGAGAAGCCCCAGCGCCGCCUCGCCUCCUUCUACCUCGACCCGGAGAUCCUCGAGGACGCCCCCAUCGUCAGCCUGAUCCAGCUCAUCGCCCACCAGCUCGCCGGCUGGCAGAUGUACCUGCUCUUCAACGUCUCGGCCGGCCCCGACAGCAAGCAGCGCAAGGAGAGCGGCUGGCUCCGUGUCAGCCACUUUGAGCCCACCAGCGCCGUGUUCCGCUCCAGCGAGGCCUUCUACAUCUUCCUCGCCGAUGUCGGCCUCGCCCUCACCUGCGCCGCCAUCUACUACGGCUCGACCCUCGUCGGCUGGCCCACCAUGUUCUUCCUCUACUUUGUGCCCUACAUGUGGUGGAACCACUGGCUCGUCGCCAUCACCUACCUGCACCACACCCACCCGGAUGUGCACCACUACGAGGCCGAGAGCUGGACCUACGUCAAGGGCGCCCUCGCCACCGUCGACCGCGACUUUGGCUGGAUCGACAAGCACCUGUUCCAUGGCAUCAUUGGCUUCCACGUCAUCCACCACAUGUUUGCGCGCAUCCCCUUCUACUACGCCGAGGAGGCGACCGCCGCCGUCCAGCCCGUCAUCGGCAGCCACUACCACCGCGAGCCCGGCUCGUUCAUCGGCUCGCUCUGGAACACCUUUACCAAGUGCCGCUACGUCGAGAAGGACCCGGAGCACCCCGGCGCCAUGCGCUGGGUCAAGCCCAAGAACAAGAAGGCCAUGUAA